GUAAAAGCACCGUAUACCGUCCGGUCUCCCAAUUCCGUCCGACAAAGAAAUUGCGCUCUAUACCUCAGAGUUUCGUCGCAAUCAGACGGCCGAGUAGAAUUUUUGAUAGGUUAUAUCCCCACUCAUUCUACUUUUAGCACGCAGACAUUUUACGUUUACUGUUGUCAGUGCGAUUCAGUUCAUUGCAAGUGCAUGUCUUGUUUUAAGCUAUACUGAUUCCAAAAAAACAUAAAGUUUUUUAUUAUCUGCAACUAUGGUAUACAAAAAGCGGAUGAAGUAUCCCCGAGAGAAUAUCCAAAAAGCUAUAGAAGAUAUUAAUUUGAAACGUUUAAGUAUUCGACAAGCCUCCAAAAUAUACAAUGUGCCUAAAAGUACUUUGUUAGAUACUAUGAAAGAAAAGUACAAAACUCCGGGCAAUAUUGGAGGGCCAACAGUUUUGUCCAGUUCCGAAGAAGACUUGAUUAUAAAAUGGAUAAUCGAAAUGGGUAACGUGGGAUUCCCGGUAACAAGAUCUCAACUUGUUGAUUCUGUUUCAAAACUAAUUCAAAAUUUGAAACGAAAAACCCCAUUUAAAAAUUACAUACCUGGUAAAAAAUGGUACAAUGGUUUUCUCGCUCGUCAUCCAGAAAUUUCAAAACGUGUUCCACAAUCACUAUCUUCUUGUAGAGCCGCAGUUACGGAACAAAAUAUAAGAAAUUGGUUUACCCAAGUUCGGGAUUAUAUGACAAAAAUGAAUUUUUUACACAUUCUUGAAAACCCCAAGAGAAUAUUCAAUUGUGAUGAAAGUGGUUUCUAUUUAUCCCCUCAAGAAAAACAAGUGUUGGUUAGAAAAGGUGCAAAAAAGGUAUACAGUCGCAUAGCUAAUGACGAAAAAGAAUGUCUUACAGUUUUGCUAACUGUUGGAGCUGAUGGUUCUGUACCUCCGCCAUUAGUUUUGUAUCCCUACAAACGGUAUGUGUCAGCUGCAAUAAUAACGAACAUGCCAAACCAGUGGGGAGUUGGGCACUCUGAAUCUGGUUGGAUGACAAGUGAGACAUUUUAUGAAUACGUUACAAAUGUAUUUUUUCCCUGGUUGGAAAAGAACAGUGUUCCACUCCCAGUGAUAUUGUUUCUGGAUGGACACUCUUCCCACAUCAAUCUGCCUAUUACUGAAUUCUGCAAAGAAAAAGGUAUUAUUUUAACAGCAUUUUACCCCAACGCAACUCACCGAUUACAGCCGUUAGAUGUUGGUGUUUUUUAUCCCAUUAAAAAUAACUGGCGAAAAGAUGUUCGAUCUUGGCGUAUGGAGAAUAACGGAAGAAAACUUCAACGGGCUGAGUUUGCAAAACUCUUAGACAAAACUUUGAAGGCUACAGUCUGUACAUCGAUAAUAAAAAGUGCAUUUGAAUCAUGUGGACUCUUUCCGUUUAACGAAAAUCGCAUUGAUUAUUCAAAAUUAAUAAAACCAAUAGAACAAAAAGAUUCUGAUGAUAAAAUAACUGAAUCAACAUCCACUACAACUGUUAAUGUUUAUGAUUCUAAACUACUUCGAGAGGUAGAGAUACGUUUAAAGCCAGAGGUUGUUAACCGUUUUAGGAUUGCUGAAUCAGCGGCCCAACUAGAAGAAAAAUAUGUAGCAUUGUAUGAUUUCUAGAAGAGU